AUGUUUUUUUGCGAAUCGUUUCUUACCGUGACUGAAUGUUUUCCUGAUGUCAACAGUGCCGGACCUAAAGGAGACAACAUCUAUGAGUGGAGGUCGACCAUCCUGGGCCCUCCAGGCUCUGUGUACGAGGGCGGAGUAUUUUUCCUGGACAUUGCCUUCACACCAGACUACCCUUUCAAACCACCCAAGGUGACAUUCCGAACAAGAAUCUACCACUGCAACAUCAACAGUCAGGGGGUGAUCUGUCUGGACAUCCUGAAGGAUAACUGGAGUCCUGCCCUCACCAUCUCCAAGGUGCUGCUGUCCAUCUGCUCCCUGCUCACUGACUGCAACCCUGCUGACCCCCUGGUUGGAAGCAUCGCCACACAAUACACAACAAACAGACCUGAACACGACAGGAUAGCCAAACAGUGGACCAAACGCUACGCCACAUAA